GUUAGCUUUCUCAACGCCACGACUCAAGGUCGUAGCAGAGCUAACAAUCGCUUAGAUGGGCUUUUGGGAAAUGAUUUCCAAAGGUGGCAGUUAAAGUAUCAUGAUAAUGGUUACAAAUAAUGACGCCAUUCAGUUUCUUCUCUCGUCUAAAACUUAUACUAUGCGUCAAGAAAAGCCUAGGCACCUAAAAUAUUUAAACGAAUUUCGUACGCAACAAUGCCUCCUGUUUAUCGAGCAACAGUGUCAGUUUCAUCGUCCUUAUACAUGCUUUCAUUGGCAUUUUCCAAACCAGAAACGGAGGCGCCCCUUUAAGAGGCCUGAUGGAACUUUUAAUUACAAUCCGGAUGUAUACUGUGAUAAAUAUGAUGAAACAAGUGGGUCAUGUGCUGAUGGAGAUGAAUGCCCGUAUGCGCACCGCAAUGCUGGUGAUACAGAACGACGUUAUCAUCCACGCUAUUUCAAAACUGGGAAUUGCAUAUACGAAACAAUGGAAAAUGGAGCAUGUGUUAAGAACGGUCUACAUUGUGCUUUUGCACAUGGCCCUGAUGAUAUUCGUUUACCUGUUUAUGACAUUCGCGAAGUCCAGGAUGCUUCUUCAAAAUUUACUGUUAAUUUACCUGCUAGUUUGGAGAAAGAACGAGUACUGAGUGAAGAUCCCAAGUGGAAUGAAAUGUUCCAUGUACUUGCCUGUUAUAAAACUGAAUUAUGCAAGAAACCACCGAGGAUGUGUCGUCAAGGCUAUUCAUGUCCAUUUUAUCACAAUGGAAAAGAUAAACGAAGAGCUCCGGAUAAAUUUUUAUAUCGUAGUACUCCUUGUCCUAUUGUUCGACCUGGUGAUGAAUGGCAAGAUAGUACUCUUUGUGAUACUGGCGAUGCAUGUAUUUACUGUCAUACACGAACGGAACAACAAUUUCAUCCCGAAAUAUACAAAUCAACUAAAUGCAAUGAUGUAUUAAAUUCUGGUUAUUGUCCACGUGGUCCUUUUUGUGCUUUUGCACAUUGUGAUUCCGAGAUGUCGAUUGGACGAGAUUUUUCUACAAAUGUACAACAAGAACAACCUGGCUUUAUUACAGAAUCUAAUAAUAAUAAUAAUAAUAACAAUAAUAAUAUUAGUUUAUCAUCAAAUAAUAUUUCAUUAUCAUCUAAUUCAGUAACAGCGAUAACUACAACAGCAAUUAGUUCUAUUCAAUAUCAUCGUCAUAUUCCUUCGGAUGUAUCAUUAAUGCCUCAUAGUGUUGGAGGCACUCAAAACCAACAACAAUAUUCUGUUUAUUCUCCACUUAUUCAUCCAUCUAUAUCAAGUGCUAUUAAUAGUAAUUUACGCAUUUUAGGCACUAGUACUACAUCUACUAUUACUACUACUACUAGUACUAAUACUAAUACUAUUCCUGCUACUAACAAUAAUAAUAAUAGCAAUAACAACUUACCACCAAAUUUAAUGUCUAAUCUAAAUACAAAUUUUUCAAAUAUGAAAUCUAUAAUUGCUUCAUCACCUCAACAACAACAACAACAACAAAUAUUGCAACGUACAACCUCUAGUCAACAUCAUCAUUAUCAUCCGCAACAACAUCAACAGCAUUUGAUGAGUUUCCCGUCCCCAGUAGAAUUUAAUAAAUCAGUUAAUACUAGUGAUCGUUCUGGAAGAUGUACUCAUAUACCAACAAAUCCUUUAAUGUCAAGCAUGAUAUCACCUCUUGGUCCAGCGCCUAAUCAAUCGUGUAGUCGUGGCCGUCGUCUUGCCCGCUGCACAUCCCCUCGCACAGCAAGUAUGUGGCCAGCAUUCAAUUUAGUCACCAACCCUGGUAAUGAUAGGCAGCAUUUUACUCAAAUGCCAGGUUCAUCAAAUUCAGAUGCUAGAAUUGGAGCAUGUUCUGCAUUCGGUGGUGUACUGUCUCCUAGUGCAGUUAGUUCAACUUGCUCUCCAAAUCAAAGUUCUCACUUUUCACAUUCACGAAGUCGUCCUAUACCUGGCCAAUAUCAUAAUGUAGUUUUAACUCAUUCUAUGGCUACAACUGGUGGUGGUGGUGGUGGUGGUGGUUUUACACGAGAUACUACUACUACUAAUAAUAAUAAUAAUACUAAUAAAGGUCGUCAUCGUAGCGGUAGUUCUUCUAUGUCCUCUGAAAUUGGACAAUAUCCUAUGAAUGUUAAAGAGUUGAUUUCACCUUCUACUGCCUAUUUGGACUCAAUUUCAACUUAUCCAGGUCGAUGUGGUCCUCCUUCUCAUAGUGGUGGUGGUGGUUGUGUUAUGGGUAAUUUGAGUAGAACUAUUCCUUUUUCAACUGUUGGUGAUGGUGAUGGUGUUAGUUUACUAUCGACUUCAAGUCAGAAACAGACUAUGCCAGAUAUGACUACUUCCAAGCCUGUUGUAUUGUUAGGACAAUUCUCGGGGAUUUAUCAAAAUAUGAUGGCCACUCGUAGUAAACAACUACAGCAACCACAACAACAACAACAACAACCCAAUAUCAUAUGGGAUAAUUUAGUAGAAUCGACAUCUUCCAAUAUGGAGCAACAAUACUUCUCGCCUAGUUGUUCAUGGUCAACAAUGAAUUUAAGUAAUGCUUUUAAUAAUAAUAGUAAUAAUAAUACUAAUAAUGAAACAGAAAAUGAUUUCAACCAAUUUUUGGAUCAAUAUCAUAUGCCUAUCGGUAUUGCUAGUUCAUCUUCUAUUGGUGUUUGUGAUGAUACAAGUCGUGAUAGUGGUUUAGUUCUUGAUAUGACACUGCCUCCAACUUCACCGCUUGAAUCAAAUUGUGGUGGAGUUUUUAACAAUAAUCUCGAUACUGAUCUAUUAUCUCAGCUGACACAAUCACAACAACAACAACAAUAUACUCCUUCAUUUACUACUUCUGAUGUUUCUGCGACUGCUGCUCUAUUCGAUGAUAUUACGCAUACAGUGGUGAAUCCAAGAUUUUCUGAAGAUAAUAUAGUUUUUCAUUCACUUUCUGAUGAUAGUUUUCUUUCGACACAUUCUAUUUCUGAAGAUCAAGAUCAAGAUCAUCAUCAUCAUCCUCAUUCUUCUUCAUUUUCAGUUAUUGUUACCUCAAAUAGUAGUGGUGUUGAUGACUGUUCAUCAUUGCCAAAUUUUUAUUCAUCUAAUCCAGUUAGUAUACCGGGUAGAGUAGUAGGAAAUAACAAUAACAAUAAUUAUUAUAAAGAUCUUAAAAGUUUACAAAUACAUUCUGGAUUCUUAGAUCCUCCUAUCACUUGUUGUCAAUCAGAUAAUAAUAAUAAUAAUUUAUCACGAUUUACUUCAAUACAAUCGACUAAUUUACUGCAACAAACUGAUGAUAGUAAUCUUAUUCGAUCUGGUAAUUUGAUUAAAUCAAAUCAACGUAUCAAAGGUUGGCCUUCAAGUUUUAUUGAUGGAUCUGGACAUCAUCGACAUAGUUCUCCGUUAUCGUCUCCAGUUUCAUUAAAUAUUAAUAAUAAUAAUAAUAAUAAUAAUCGAUUUUCAUCAAUCGUUGGUACACCUCUUGGACGUACAAAUCAUCCUAUUUCGUCGGUUGCAGAAGUUGAUCUAAACGUAUCCAGUUUAGCUAGUAGUGCUAGUAGUAGUGGUUCUACUAGUGCUAUAUCAUUUGGUGCUAUUGGUUCCCGUGUUCAUCACUAUUCAUUGACAUCGGAAUCCACAGACCAUCCUGACACCAGCCACUCAACUAGAUCGCAACCAUAUUCAGAAUAUUCAACUCAGGGUGGUAUUCCAAAUAUGUCUUCAACUUCGUCUCCCAAUCAAGUAGAUGUUGGUAGAACUCAAACAAGUUCUAGGAUUUUCUCGCAUUCAAUAAAUGAGAAUUUUACAAAUUUACCACAAUCACCCAUUCUUCUAUCGUCACCAUUCAGUAAUCCAGGUUGUGAUCUAGAACGUUUAACUUUACGUCGUGAAUUAGAUGAAGUAAAGCAACUUUUAGAUUCGAAGGAAGGUGAAGUGGAAGUGUUGAAAAAGCAAAGAGAUUUCGUCACAGAACAUUUACGUGAUUCACUUGGUGUAAUUCGUCGUUUAUUUCAUUCAUUGAAUAUAUCCCCGUCAACUUCAACUGAUUUAUUCAAACCAUUAUUUAUUGAUACAGAAAUUAAUAAUAUAAGUAGUGAACCAAGUACCGGUUGUUGUUAUGCUCAAAGUUUAUCGUCAGAAUCAAAUCCAUGUGAGAAAUUUAAAACAUGUAUGCAAACUUCACCUGGGAAAUGUCCUAGCCCAAUUGGUCCUGUGGAUUCAAUUAGUCAAAAUCCUUUACAACAACAAGAAGCACUAGCAGCACUGUUUGCUAAUCCACUUGUAUCAGCACUUUUGAAUAGUCAUAAUAAUGAUAUUCAUACGUUAGAUGAUAUUUCCAGAAUGAAAUCAGGAAUGCAGUUUCGAAAUUGGAAUUUACCAAACAAUGAUUAUGAUACAGAUGGUAUACAACAACAUCAUGAUGAAGCAUCUAUGCAUAAACUUAAAGAAUCAUUCAAUAAUCCUUCCUUAUUAUCAUUCACCGGUACUGGUACUGGUGCUGGUGAUAGUCAAGCUGUACAUAGUGAUUCUGAUGAUGAUGAUUUAUUCUCUGCAUCAGGUCUACUAUCAUUAUCCAAUCAAGAAUCUUGUGAUUUAGAUCAACAAAUAGACGAAAAUAAUACAGGAGAAUUAUUGCUAACACAUCAUUCUCUAAGCUUCGAUGCAUCGACUAUCACAACUACCACUACUACUACUACUACUACUACUGUUUCUGAACCGAUGACAACAUUAUCUAAUAUUACUACUACUACUCCUACUACUACUACUACCACUACUACAUUUGAAGAAGAAUCUAUUGUAACAACCAGUGAAAUGACAAAUGUUGAGAAAGAUCCAUUUUGGUUAAAUACAAUAAUAAUAAGUUCAACUACUGUUACACCUAUUCCUACUUCUACUUCUAUCAAUACUAGUAGUACGUUAGCGCAGAAUUCCACUGUAGCUGAUCAAUUACAAGAUAACAAUGAUAAUGUGAAUAAUAAUAAUAAUAACCACUGUUGCUGUUUAUCCAGUUCGUCGUUGUCUACUACAUCUAAACUGGAAACUGAUGAAAAACAAUCUGUUUAGAUGUUUAUUCAUAUGAGAUUGCAUCAUUCUCAAGCUUGUUUUUUCUUUUUCUAAGACCGCCGCUGUCC